AUGGAGUUUCUUGACCUUCCAAUGGGGGUUCUUAGAAGGAUUUUAUUUUUUGUUUGCAUUGGGCCAAAAGCCCGAGACUGCGACAAGGUGAGUGGAAGCACUACAGAUCUACUAAAUAUGCUCUACACGUGUAAAGAGUUAUACGAGAACUAUAUAUACAUGGCUUAUACAAUGCGGCCGUUGGUUCUUAAGGAUGAUAGUGUUAGUUUAUUCAAUCUCUUUAAUUUGAAGAAAUAUCGUACGCAUGGCUCGAAAUGCAUGAAGUACAUUGGGUCCCAGAGAUCCAUUAGGGAUAACACGAGAGCAUUAAACGUUAUAACAUCGCCCAGUUUGUUUUAUAGGAAGUACAAGGUGGAAGAAGGAGAGGCCGUAUCUGAAUUUGCAGAACCGUUUAAAUUAACUAGGUUCGACCUGCUUUUACAUUUGCAUUUGCCUCAGUUUAGGAUACUACAUACGCUAAACAUACGAGGACGACAUAUCAAAUUAUUGCUUUAUUUCUGUUUUUUGCCGGAGAGUUUAAAGUCAAUAUCAUUGUUUAUUGACUAUAAGGAGCAUUCCUUCAAUAACUAUCAGGAACUAAACGCCAUUCUUCAGGCGAUAGAGAACAAAAGUACCAACGCAGCACUCGAAAAUUUUCUGGUGUAUUCUAAUAACCCAAUAAUGCAAACGAGAAUCCACAGCAAUUUCUACCUCGUGAAGGGAAAACCAGUCAUCACCUACAAUGAAUAUUUCUCGACCCAAGUUGUAUCGAAGUAUGAGAAAUACAAUUUCAGAAGGAAAAAAGGGUUAGUCGUAUUUGGCCUUAUCAUGUACAAACUUCUUGAUAAAUUCAGGAAUUCCUUGAAGUCUAUAGAACUAGAAAAAGUUGAUUUUGCGUUGAUAUUCAACUCAAGCAUUGUCAAUUCUACCUUUCGCAAAAUCACCUACAAUUUCCAUUUUCCCACAUUGCGGUUACUUGCCGUUGAUAACAUCUCAUCAUUAAAGCUCAACACAUGGAUCAAGGCCUUCCAAGAGGAUAAUUCAAGCUUUAGAAACGAUAAGCCGUUAUUCAUUGUCAUGCAUGACGAAUUGAGUGGCUAUUUGCAUACCAAAACUGUUGGCUCUCAUUCUGGAUCACCAAGAGGAAUUCACCAAAGAUGGCUCCAUUCAAAAGAUCCGUUGAAAACUAUGAGAAACAUCAAGCUGGACCUAGAUAUAAAUCUGUGA